AUGUCAUUGGCACCUUACUACUAUAGACCACUUACGCCUCCAGAGGCUGCUGGUGCUGCCGGUCGGCACGGUCAUAUUCGGAAUGUGUCUCGAUCGUCAUCCUGUGCGGUCGACACGUCGCCCGAGUCGUUAAUUACUACUUGUAAUACAACUCCAAGUCGAUCACCAGUUCUCCGUCAGCAUGGCCCGACGUUGCUCCCCAAGAUCAGGACUCAGGACUCCUCCCUGGAGCCCCCAUUCGCUCAUCGACCACCCAUCCACCGAAGGACCUCGUCAUCCGUCAUCAACAAUUCCAAGCAUGCCCGACCGCCUAUGUAUAGGAGUGUGACUGAGCCUGUUGAGUGUACGCCGAUGAUUUCACCGGUCUCGAACGCGCCUCACUCGCGAUCGAACUCGCUCAAUCCCUCUCCUGGAUUGGCCAAGGCACAGCUCAGUGUGCCUGUCAGGACUCAUUCUCGCUCUACCUCUGCCUCCAGCAUUAACAGCGAUGUUCUGAAUCGUUUUGGCUAUCCUACUUACCGCCAAAUGCCUGUCUAUGUGUCUCAUGAUCAACAAACCCCGUCCCCAGACCUCUUCGCCACCAACUACAUGCCAUAUACCAAAGCUCCUAUGCCCGAGCCGCCAAUGAUCAACCUGGAGGGUACCUUUGACAUGCCAAUUGAUCUUGAUACCAUUUCAAGACCUUGCUCUAUGAGUCCUCCUCCCAUGCUGCCACCUAUCUCUACGAUCAGUAUGCUCAGCUACUUGACCCAGCCAACACAACCAAUCAACCUAGUUCGGCACCUCACAUUCCAGACAGGUCGUGGCCUCACAAACCACUUUUGGUGGGAUGUGCGCAACAUCCGACCCUGGAAUUCGUUUUCGCUUCAGACUAUGUCUGCUAUCCCUGAUCUUCUGACCCUACUUAACUUCGAACACGAUAAAGCUUGUCUACCACCUAUCAGUGCCAACGCAAACACUGUGACACCUGCUUCGGAAGUCGACCUUGCCAAUCUGAUCUCCAAGAUCUACUUCCCUAAGGUCAACGCUGCCACGAGACUGUCGCUUGGUAAUAACUCUGUUGCCCUUUACCCAACUCCAACCCCGACUAGCUCAGGGCUCAGUGCUAACUCCGCCAAUAUCCCCACUUUUCUUGCCAACUACCCGAGCGACAAUGAUCGCAUUCUCUCCGGACUCCCGCGAGGCCGCGUGGUCGGCUUAGUCCGGUCUUUCGACCGCUGGAACACAGGCAUGCGUCGUGAAGGCCCUGCCCGCAAGGUCGAGUACCUACGUACUCUGGCGCAUCUGCAGAAAUGCAUGCGAGACCAUAGCUGUCGGUACGGCUUCAUUAUCACAGAGAUCGAACUGGUCUGUGUCCGCGCCGGCUGCGACAACCGUGGCCAGCCGUACUUCGGCUACCUGGAAGUCGCGGAAGCAGUGGAGACCAAGACCUUUGCUUGCAAAGGGAACGCGUCCGAUGCAGAAGUUGACAUGACUGUCACUUUGGCUCUGUACUAUCUGCUUAUGCUUGCCAAAGCGACGCCUUUGCCGGGCCAACCAGGCAGCUUCAUGGAUGUUGGCGGUCCUGGAACGUUGACUAGACAAAGAGUCUGGGAUGGUGGAAAUGGCGGCAGUCUUCUUUCGGGCGAUGAGGAUGGCGAUGCUGAGGAGCUGGGGAAGGACGGCAAAGAUAAGUGGAUUCCAGAGCCGCAGAUGGGGGAAAAAAGGGAGGCGAGGACGGUUAGAGGGUGGGUGUGGCCUUGCGACCCGUGGCACAAGAGGGAAGGGGAGCGCGGUGAACGUGGUAGCGGAAGAGGGGGAAAGAGACGAUAA